ACUCUUACAGCCGUGCACCGCAAUUAAAGGCGGAGUCCCUUAAGCCGAUUAUGACAGUCAGGUGACCGGUCAUGCCCCCCCACCUUCCCUCGCCCGCACGCUCGCGCCCUUACCCCGUAGGCACCUUCUGGCCGAUCGCCUUUCGCAAGCCUCGGAAAGGCUAGUCAAGCUCCGUAUCUCAGAUCGUGGCGCACAAGGAGUCAGUCCAGUUGAACAGACCGGCCACUCUAAAAAGGAAAAGCGACCGCUAAACUUGGAGGCAGAAGCGUUUCGCUCACCUCACAACGACAUAGUGCAUCUCGAGCGGCGACCGCGCUGCCUGCUGUUCUCCAGCCCGAGCGGAGAUGUUUCCUCGUCCAAAGGAUUACGUAGACUUGGAAUAGGUACUCCUUCUCAGAGGUCUGGCGUAGGUCCAGUUCAGAAGGACCUUCCUCGCGAGAGCUCUGUUCUCUCGGUUCGGAGAGCGUGCGCGAUUGUUCUCAUUUGGGGUUUCGGAACAGCCAGGGCGGACGACGGUCAUGGCGAAAGUGGCCGAGUACGCUGUGUUCGGCGCUCUGAUGGCGCUCAACUUCGGCCUGGGACUCUACUUCUCGCUUCGGCGAAAGGCCCGCUCCGCGGACACCACGGCCGAAGUGUUUUUGGGUAGCCGCGCCCUGCGCUCGUUCCCGCUGGCAGCGUCGGUUGUGGCGAGCCUCGUGUCGUCCACGGGACUUGUCGGUUUCACCGGACACUUCUACGCGUACGGCUUUCACCUGAUGUGGAACGGCCUGAACACCAUAGCUGUGGCACCGCUGGUGGCGUGCUUGUUCCUUCCAGUGUUCUACGCUCUGCGCAUCACAUCUGUGUUCGAGUACAUUCGACUCCGGUUCAACUCGGCUAUUUCGUUAACGGCAUGCGCAAGCUACCUGUUUUUGACGCAAAGCAUAGGUGCACUGUCCAUCUAUGCAGCCAGUUUGACCAUCGUCACAAUUUUUGGAGCACCCCUCAUCUGGUGUAACAUCGUAAUCGGAGUAGGUGGAACUCUGUACACGGCACUGGGCGGAUUGAGAGGUGUUGUUUGGACGGACUGCAUGCAGCUGGUCUUCAUUCUACUCGGGCCCACAACAGUCAUCGCGAAAAUCAUCGUGGAUUCUGCCAGUUCUACAGGAGCUUCGCAGGCACUGCACGAACUGGAUCUUCGCACUUACGCGGCGAACGUGGCAUUCGACAUUACUCACGAUGAAAACGUCUGGUCUGCAUUCGUAGCAUCAACGACGGCUUCUAUCUACCGAGUAGGUUUGGACCAAGUUGUUGUGCAGAGGUGCAUGGCUUCACGAACUCUUGGCAGCGCUCAGAGAACCGUCUUAAUGGGAUCAGUCAUGCUUGUCGCCGUUUAUGCAAUCAAUUUAGCUGUCACUAUGGCUUUGAUAGUGUGGUUUUGGGGCUGUGACCCGAAGUUGUCCGGUGCUAUCCAAAGCUAUGAUCAGAUUUUGCCGUAUUAUGUGAAAGCCUUCCUCGUGCACAUUCCGGGAUUCACUGGACUUUUCCUCGCAGCCGUUGUAAGUGCCGCAACAAGCACGAUAUCGUCAAUCAUCAACUCCCAGGCUGCGGUUCUUUACGUUGACGUGCUGUCUCCGCACUUCAAAAACGUCAAUUCUCAUGUCAAGUGGAUCACGCGAGGCACAGCAUUCCUUCUUGGCGCUAUCAUGACGCUGUAUAGCUGUGCCUGUGUCUACAUGGGAUCCAUUACAAGGGUCAUAUUGAUGGUGCUUUCUGCAUCAACGGGACCCUUCGUCGGCUUGCUGUUAUUGGCGAUUGCGUUCCCAUUCGUGCAUACGAAGGGUGCGGGAAUUUCGACGCUUCUGCUCCUGGGAUUCCAGCUACUGGUCAUGUGGCAGGCAAUCUACAGUGGAGCCAAGCCCCCGCUCAUGCCGGUAACGCUCGACUACUGUCCGGAAAACAGCACCCACCUUCAAAACAGCUCAAACUUUACAACGCUUCCACCAAUUGAAAGGUCACACGACGCCUCCGACUCUUUUCAACUGUCUGCCUUUUGGAGUUGUCUCUUCAGCACGUGCGGCACAGUCGUGCUUGGAGUACUGAUAAGCGUUGCAACAGGUGAACACAAAAUGCGGAAAGCUGAGGUAGCACACGUAAACAAGUGGUUUGCUCACCUCUGGAGAAAGCUGGGAUUUGUCGAAUAUGACAUCAAAGAACUGAAUGGAGACAAGGAAAAGGACUAUGAUUUAACAACUGCUGCAUUAUUGCUUAACGGGGACGCACACAAGCCUGAGACUACGAUAUGAUCGGCUCAAGAUAAAAUGCACCCUGAAACAAUUUUGGCGAUUUUGUAGAAACGUACUGAUUUGUUAGGGCUGGUCCAUCUGAUCAUUAAGUGACGUAUAUAAGCGCUCCGCGGAGAGUGUGUUAUUUAUUAUAAGGUUUUAAAUCUGUGCAUCGCUAACGAUCCCACUGCAACCGCUGCGAUCGUUUUCAGCAGCCCGCUCCCGAUUGACGUUGUUAGCCCAGUUGACGUCAUUUGGGUGAGUUAUCCGAUUGGCUACCUAGGAUAGGUCAUCGAUAUUUUCCCAACUUUAUGGUAACCAAAUGUUCUUCGUAAUAGUGGGAAUGUUGUUUAAUUUUUUUUUAUAAAAACUAAUAAGUAGCAGCGACAAUUUAUCACUCCACUGAAGCACUUCCGGCGCACAGCAAGUGUCGUCUGUUUGCGUUGCAACGUUCUCUAUGUUGACGCGAGAUGUGCGGUCAGUGUUGGACUCUGGCUUUCUUCUCGCGAGCACCAUGGAUCGCCCUUCUUACGUUGUGGGAAGCAAAUCUAGCGAUAGGCCGCAUGCCACACUGCUACACCGACCGUGUCCCCGUGCAAGGCAACAUGCGAGCGGAGUCGGCUGCAGCGCAUUGGGCGGUCGGUAUUCGAUCCGCACCAGCAUCUGCGCGUUUGCGGCCGUCACUUCACACCGAAAGAUUACUAUACCAUAAUAGAGAUUUUAGCGUGCCCGGUAUUCGGGUAGACGCAAGUGGACUAAGCGCUUUACGGAGUGAACAGAAGCGCAAACGUGAACGCCUUGCACUGUGCAGCCACCUGGUGGCACAGAGCCCAACCAGACAAACACAGUUAAUAUAGCAGUAACCAAGUGUAUUCUAGUUUGCUGCUGGUGUAAAUUUUUGGCAGGAGGUAAUCGUGAGCAAGUUCUCCUUUUAAGUGUUCAAAAUGUUUUACACUUGGCUACAGCAGUAUUAGCUCUGUGUUGGUUGGUUAAGCUCUGCGUCACCAGAUGACUGGACCCUGCAGGCUGAUGAGGCCGCUCAAGUACGUCUACGCUAAAGCUGCUUGAUCACAUCGGUACUAGUACGGAGGGGCUUUACGCCUGCGCUCAUACGUCAGAAAGCCCAGCUUGCCUGUGGUUACCAGACACGCCCGGCGCUACGACAGGACGCUCGCAACGCACGCUGCUUGGAAAGCUGUCGCUGGGGAUUGACGGCCAGGUGGCUAGGGGAGAGGUUGAAGAGGCUUUGCGCGCUGGCUCCAAGACAACCGGAAGUUGACGACACGGCGUCACAUCAUGACGCAGAGCCCGUUAAGGCAGAGCUUCGCCCCGAUUACUCGGCGAAUGAGUUGAGAAGAAAAAGCACGGCUAGGGACGAGGGUAACUUGUAACCGUCUGUAGCUUUCUUAAUAUAAAACGCGUCAUUCAAAUUGGGGCGCGAAUGUUUUAUUAUAGCUGUACCCCAUGCUUCCACAAAAUUUGUUCGAACCGUUUGAAGGACCCUCUAAGAAGAAAAUGAUCUCUAUGUUUUCAUCGCGCAUUGAUAUUCGCUAAUGCAAGAAAUGUUUUUACUCAGUAUGAUGGCAUCACCGCUUUCCAGAAAAAUGCAAUACAGUAAAAAUAACCACCCUAAAUGCAAAUCACAUAUUUCCCUUCAAACACAUCGUUUCCAUCGUUCUCAAAAACCAGCGAUUAAAGAUGAUUUUAGUUUCGCUUGAGCAUCACUGCCAUCCUCGUAUUUUGGGCUCUUGCAGAAACGUUUUUAGCUGUAUCGCGCUGCCUUACUCACUUCACUCACUAGUGCAGCAGAAUGUAGUUGCCUACACCUCUGUAAACUGGCCUUAAUAGUGAUGCUUUGACAUUGAGAGACGUGCUACUUUCGUGUAAAUGAAAAUAUGCCACCGCUUUCAUGUUACUGAGCGCUCUGCAUUAACGGCAUCAGAUUGCACCUCCUGAAUUCAUCGUCAUUAGCAACAUCACGAAUAAUUCCAUUCGUUCACAUUGCGUUCAUCUGCGUGUAUUGUGCAAGCGUGUAAGCGGGCUAAGUGAAAUAAAGACACCAUUGCUUACCAA